GCUGGAGUUGGACUUGCGAUUGCGUAUAUUGUUUGGAAAUCGACACACGAUGUUUUGGUGAUUUCUUCGGCCGUUGUUAUGAUCUGGCAGCCCUCACGACCCCAUCUUCGACCUUGAAUCGUACGCGCUCCUGUCCCUGAGCCAUGGACAGCAUCAUUGUCUCUGAGCUGGUCGCUCGAUUGGGAGCUGAGGAGGAGUCGACCAAGAAGAUGGCAGCGUUCAAACUCCAGACUGCCAUCGGUGACCCUUCCUUCGCAGAUGUCUUCAUAUACGAAGGAGGCUUGCCAAAGCUCAGGUUUCUGGCCCUGCAUGCCACAGGAAAUACUCUGGCCUAUGGCCUCACGUCGCUGGCGCGCCUACUUGAGCUGGACAAGGGUUGGGAUCACAUCACAGAUGAUCUCAUAGUGAGGAUAGUCGACCUCGUAGUUGCGCAGCCGCUCGUCAAUGUCAAUCGAGGUGCCAUGUCGGUGCUGGCAGCGAUUGUUGGACACCCUCUCCACCGAACCUCCCAUCCUGGUAUCACUGGCUUCCAGCGACUCAAACCAGCCGUCGACACCCAACCCCAAUUCCUCCCAUCACUCGUCGAAAAGAUCACCUCUGCCGACCAUGCCCUCUGCGCAAAUUCGCUUCAGCUGAUCAACGCACUUAUGCGUGAUGCAAUCGCACACGACGCCGACUUCGAAGCCCCGAAAUUCAUAAAGCAGCUACAAGAGCUUGGUGUGAUCAAGAGCGUAUACGCUCUCAUGCAGAGCUCUGCAAUACAAGACCUAGCUCACCCAUUGCUCGACUUCCAGACGCUCACGAAGAUACUGCUGCGCAACUGGCGGGAAGAGAAGGUCGAUUUAGAGAAGUCAGAUCAUCGAAGGGCUAUUCGGGGCUUGCAUACUGCCAGUACCGCCGAGAAAGGAGAUAUCAAGAGCAGUAAGAAGCUGAAGUGGCGGCGAUUAGGCUUCGACACAGAGUCGCCAGCGUGGGAGUUUGAAUCUACAGGCUUCCUUGGUCUCAUGGACUUCACCGACUACGUCUACAAGAACGAAGAUGGAUUCCAGAAGCUGUUACUCGAGCAGUCAGCAGAGGCCGCCGAACAGCGCUGUCCAAUCGCUCGAGCAAGUUUGUCAGUGACAUCGAUUUUGUAUGAGCAUUUCGAGGUGGAAAGAGCAGACGAUCUUGACUCUCAAAGAUAUACACUUCUGGAGUCUCGAGCAAACUUCGACCGCUCCUUCAGACCACUGCUGCUCCACUGGUCGAGGGUACACACAAGCGGUCUCAAUGCGUUCAUCCGGCUGUGGAAGACAUCAGGGGCCCAACUGGAGGACUUCGAUAAGAUCGAAGAGCUGGUGCGGAUCCUGAUUGAGCAAGUUGUUGGCCAGGCACCCCGAACAAGGGAGAUCAAGGACGUCGAAGAAGAACUAGCAGAGUUUGAGAUUCAGAGACUGCGAGAGCUGCAGAUGGAGUUACUCGAACUCACAUAUGAGGAUGCAUGGGGCCAUCACUUGCGCCAAGUUCGCGAAGAAUUGAACCACGAGGCCCUUCAAUUCAUCAAAGAGCAGAGGAUAAGGUGCUUACUUCAGGGCGGGUGGUUCCCAAGCGGCCUAGACCAUAGCUCGGGUGGAGGGCCAGUCACAAGCAAGACCCUCAGCCGUGCAGUCCCCUCAGCGUGGCGUUUUGUGCGACUAUCACACAACCGACGAUAUCUGCAUUAUGCCGACUUUGAAGAGAAGACAACAACGGAACCGAGGUUGGACGCCUUACAGGAGAAGAUCGAUCUUUCCAUUGUGUCCUCUGUCGUGAGCAAUGUCUCGGCAGAAGCGCCCUCUUCGUCCUCGUCUGACAGCACGGUAAAGAGCCUUCCACAUGAACGAGCGACUACCUCGACCAAGAUCACGAUCCAUGGUUACCUACUUGCUACCAGCCACUCGCGGCAGGCAUCCAGUGGUUCAGGCACGGGUCGUAAAGAGUCGGUUUUACUGCAAUUGUACCCGCAGAGUCACACUCUUGCCUCAGAAUGGCUUGACGGGUUGUUGAUGCUGCUGAACCAACAGCCUAUUACAGCAGACACCAAUAAGCUCGUGAACUUCAUCGGCGGCUACGGGCUGAAGAUUCGCCUGCUGAACGUGCGCUUCGAAGACGUAGGCUUAGAGGAGCCGAUUCUACCGAGUCGCGAAGGCUUGAACGACGAGUAUUAUUACGACAUAGCCGGAGCGUGAGGCUGAGCACAGUUGUUUCUAUUGGUAACGCUGCCCACUUCUUUGACAAACGUGGGCAUUGAAGAAGGCGUCCCUGGAACCGGGCUGAGGGGAUCGAAGACCUCAAUCGCGCGUAUCGAAAAUUUAUGGAUUUUGACAUAGCAUUAUUCACUCAAGCUCCUGAGACUGGAUUUGGCAGGCAGAUGAAGACCUCUCCGUCGAGCAGACGUUGAUAACCUUGGAUCUAACAUGGGCGAAUUUUGGGAGGGCGGCUAUCUGUUGACGGGCGCUGGUUGAGAUUUACUCUGAGAGAUACCCUGCUUGUGACAUUGCGAAUCAUAGCAAAACACCAUGGAUUUCUAUUGGCAAUACAUGGGUCGUGCAUGUCAUUCAGCUUGUUGUCGUUCCACAAUCGCAUGCGAGUAGCGGAG